UUUCCAGCACUACCCGUAUUCACCACGACCCGGCUUACACCACCACUCCCACUACAGACAAAAAAUUCCCUACAGAAGAAGAAGAAGAAAACUCCACCUUCCGCCAUUGAUGGAUACCUCCGCUCUGAACGAAGCUCUGGCCUUCAAAUCAUACGAUAAGAUCGCCGACAUAUGCGACAAUCUCAUGCUUCAGGUUGCAUCGGAGGGCGUCGCUUUUCAAGACGAGUGGCCGUACGCCGUUCAUCUCCUGGGCCACAUAUAUAUCAAUGACAUUAAUAGUGCGAGGUUUUUGUGGAAGAAGAUACCAGUGGCGGUGAAAGAGGGCCAGCCGGAAUUACAGGCUGUCUGGGAAAUUGGGCAGAGGGUGUGGAUGAAAGAUUACGGCGGCGUUCAUGAAGCCAUUCGAGAGUUCAGCUGGAGCGCACAGACUCAGGGCAUCGUUGCAGCUUUUUCCGAACUUUACACUAAAAGGAUGUUCGAAUUGCUGGUUUCGGCUUAUUCAACAAUAAGCAUUCAAGAUACAGCUGUUUUCCUUGGUAUGACAGAGGAGGACGCUGCAAACUAUGCAGUGCAAAGAGGUUGGACUGUGGAUUCUGAAUCGCAAACGAUGACUGUGAGGAAGCAUAAAGUUGCGACAGAACAGAAAUUGGAUCCGAGUAAAUUACAGCGCCUCACUGAAUAUGUUUUUCAGCUUGAGCACUGAUUUUACAAUUUAUUAGGUUCGAAAAUGUGUUUUAUUGCGUCAUUGCCAUUUACUUCGAAAUUUGAAAAGGAAAAAAAAUGCUUCAGAACUUGGUGAAUGGACCACCGGUGAAAGUGUAGAUCGACUUUUAUCGUCCGUAAUCCCGAAGAUGCCACAAUUCUUGUUAAUCAGUUGCUAACUUAUUCUAUUACGAUCAUGUUAUACUGAAAGAUUAAAACGUAUAAACUACGUUUAUAUGGUUUUAA